AUGCUUGGCCGCCCGUUGACUCUGUACCGAAACGGGAGUUUCCGGGCCGAGAAUCUCGGCCCGAAUGCCCUGUCCGUGAUCGGCAACCUCUGCUUCACCCUCUUCGUCGUCGGCGUCUUGGUAUUCACAAUCAUAGCCGCCACCUACCAGCCGGAGGACCCCCUUUUCCAUCCCUCCUCGAAAAUCACGAGCUUCCUCACCUCGCAAUCCAACGCCACCUUCAAAUCCGACUCCGGCGUCGUCCGUACUGGUGAGGACUUCGUCGCAGCCAACCAGACCGCCUUCAACACCUUCAUCAACAUCACCGACGUUGACAACGCGAUGUCAGUGGUGGAAGACGAGCAGAAGGAGCCCGAUCCGGAAGCCGAGGCCCGCGUCUGCAAGAUUGACGACCCGAUCAACUGCCGGGAUCCCGAAGUUUUCCAUCUGUUGAUGAGGUGGACCAUUGAGCAGUUCAAGGACAUCCAUUUCUACCGUUUCGGAAAGCCUGUCCCAGGGAAUGAAGUCAACUCGUGCCACAUGGCCUGGCGGUUCCGGCCCAAGGAAGGUAAAGCCGCCGCAUUUUAUAAGGACUACCGGAGUUUCAUGCUCGAGAGGUCCGACAACUGUACUCUUACUGUGGCCAGGAUCGGAGACUAUCAUUCAGGUGCGAAUGCGAGGAAGAAAAAAGGAAGGAAGGGAAAGAAAAGAGAGAAGAACAUACAGUUGUUCGAGGGUUACGAAAAGGUGCCGGCAGUGAUCCAGGAUAAGGCGAUUUCCCUCCCGGAGGUUGGUGAGACUGUAAAUGAUGCGAUUCCCACAAUUGAAUCAGAAAGUUCUUUUAGUCAAGGCAAGUACUUGAUAUAUUCGGGUGGUGGGGACAGGUGCAAGAGCAUGAACCAGUAUCUAUGGAGUUUCAUGUGUAUGCUUGGGGAGGCGCAGUAUUUGAACCGGACUUUGGUCAUGGAUCUGAGUAUUUGCCUCUCCAAAAUCCACACCUCGUCCGGUCAAGACGAAGAGGGUAAGGAUUUUAGAUUUUACUUUGAUUUCGAGCACUUGAUGGACUCGGCCUCCGUUUUGGAGCAGAAUCAGUUUUGGUCCGACUGGAGCAAGUGGCAGAAGAAGGAUAAGUUGAGCCUACAUCUCGUGGAGGACUUCAGAACUACACCCAUGAAGCUUGCAGAUGUUAAGGAUACUGUUAUCAUGCGGAAAUUCGGGAGUGUGGAGCCCGAUAACUACUGGUAUAGGGUCUGUGAGGGUGAGACCGAGAGCGUGAUCCAACGGCCGUGGAGUAUGAUCUGGAAAUCGAGACGGUUGUUGGAUAUUGCCUCUGCUAUUGCUGCCAAAAUGAAUUGGGAUUUCGACUCGGUUCAUGUCGAGCGAGGUGAAAAGGCGAGCAACAAAGAAUUAUGGCCUAAUCUUGAUAGGGACACUUCACCCGAGGCUCUUUUAUCAACCUUGAAGUACAAAAUCGAGGAUGGGAGGAACUUAUACAUAGCGACCAACGAGCCCGAUACUUCAUUUUUCGAUCCCUUGAAGGAUAAGUACACGACUCAUUUUCUCGAUGAUUAUAAGGAUCUCUGGGACUCGAACAGCGACUGGUAUUCCGAUAUGGCAAAACUCAAUAACGGGAACCCAGUCGAGUUCGAUGGGUACAUGAGGGUUCAAGUUGAUACCGAGGUAUUCUUGAGGGGCAAGAAGCAAAUCGAGACGUUUAAUGAUCUUACCAGGGACUGCAAGGACGGGGUCAACACAUGCGCUCCCUCUAGUUAG